UCUCCCACCUCCGCCCCUCCCCUCGUCGACGACGUCUCCAACAAAGAGCUGAAGCGCCGCCUCGAGCGCUACUACGAGGGCGACGAGGAGUCCGAGCUCCCCUCGGUGGCGGAGGCCGUGCUCGCGCGGAAGCUCGCGGAGGCGCACGAGCACACCGACGACGAGCUCGUCGAGGAGCUCCGCAACAAGCCCCUCCCCGAGGUGAAGGAUCGGGACUUCGAAUCGGACUUCGAGGAGCUCUACGACACCGACGAGGAGAUCGACAAUUUGUACAACGCGCGGCAGUACGUCGAGAAGAAGCUGAUGAAGGACGAGUUCUUCAACAUGGAUGAUCGCAAGUGGGACGAGAUGAUCCGCGAGGCCACGGAGAAGGGCUUCCUCAAGGAUACCAAGGAGUGCGAGGAGAUUCUCGAGGACAUGCUCAGCUGGGACAAGCUCCUCCCUGACGAGAUAAAGAAAAAGGUGGAGGCCAAGUUCAAUGAGCUAGGAGACAUGUGCGAGAGAGGAGAGUUAGAACCAGAGCAAGCCUACGAGCAAUUCAAAGAGUAUGAGGACCAGAUGGUUUUGGAAUGCGUGAAGAUAAUGGAAGCAGAGGAGCCCCCUGAGGAGGAAGACGAAAUUGCUGAGGCUGAUAAAAAGAAUGUCGAAUUGGAUGAUCCCCCCGGUGAGGGGCCCAUUCUUAGGUGGGAGUCUCGUGUUGUCUUCGCGCCGGGCGGUGACGCGUGGCACCCCAAAAAUAGGAAAGUUAAGCUCUCAGUGACUGUAAAGGAGCUGGGGCUCUCACGCCAUGCUUUCUGCCGACUAAGGGAAGUGGUGGGUAAGAGGUAUCACUCUGGUCGAGAUGAGCUCACCAUUACAAGCGAGAGGUUUGAGCACAGGGAAGAGAACAGAAAAGAUUGUCUGAGGACUCUGUACGCCUUGAUUGAAGAUGCGAUGAAAGCAGAUAAACUGGUGGAGGCGGCUCGAAACGCCUACGUCAAAGAUCGGCUGAGGGCCAACCCGCAAUUUAUGGAGAGAUUGAGGACGAAAACAGCAAAAUUGCAAGGGGGGCCUCAAUCACUCCCUUCGUAAGGUCUCCUCGACUCGCUCUUUGUUGUUUAUUUUGAAUCGGAUUCACAAACAACAGCAAAUAAUGCUUUAAAAUACCAUGCAUAUUCCUGCCUCUUGCGGUUUAUGUAAUUUUUUUGUUUCGCCGUCAUUUUGGUUUCGUCUUCUGUUGUAUUUUGUGAGAUCCUAACGCGACGCACUAAUUGAAUAGUUUGAUAUUUAUGAUAUAGAUCUGAUAAUUCGUUUCGGUGGUUCCUCA